AAAGAACCUGUUUUUAAUAUUGAGUUCCUGGGGUCUCAGCAUCCACUCUAGGUGGCGUAGUUGGCUACAAAAGUUAAAUAUAUGUUAUAGACACAUUUGGCCACUGACAUAAUUUGGCGCAGUCGGCAGGAUUCAGAUACGGGAACGGUGGAACAGCACUUGAUAGAAUAUUAAAAAAAAAUAUAUAAUAAUGAUGAUGCCAGUGUUUCCUGGUGCCCCUUGGGUGCCCAAGUUUACGGGUGCUGAUUGUGAUUUGAAGUAUGGAGAUUGGAAAGAACAAAUGCAAGGGCUUUUAGAAGCACAAGAAGUACCUGAAGCAAAGAAAGUUAAAAUUUUAGUGGGUGCCCUGGGUGGUGAUGCAAAGCGGGAAAUAAGCGUUUUGGCUGAUGGAGAUAGGGAUAAAGCCAAUACGAUUUUUGAGCAUUUAGACACUUUGUAUGCUGGAGAAAUACCUCUUCCUGUCCUUAGGUCACAUUUUUUUAGUUGCAGACAGAGACAAGAUGAAUCUUUUAAGAUGUUUGUGUUGCGAUUACGAGAACUCUAUUGUAGGUUGCGGCGACGUAGUCCAGAAGGGGCCCUUGUUGAAGAUCAACAAGGUGGGCCUGGUAGGGUUGAUUCUCGCUUACAGGAGACUGACUGGAAAGCUGAAUUAAAGCGAGACAUUCUGGAGGAAGUUAAAGGACAGAUGCGAGAACUGACACAGGAAAUGAUGAAGGAGCUGAAGUCAUCUAGUCCAGUGGCACAAUUAAAUCAUGCACAACCUAAUUAUGUACCUUUCCAGCCACAAACUGUUUCUUCUAGGCGACGAAGGGGGCAGUCUUCCUUGAAUAUGUGGGAUGCAGAGGGGAGGCCGAUCUGCCGGCGUUGUCAACAGUCAGGACAUAUAGCAAGGUAUUGCAAGGAAAGUGUGCUGCCUAAUGGAGAUUUAAACUAAUUUGCCCUGCUGCAGAGGUCCAGGCGGUGGGGCCAGUAAGAUUAUCAGAAAAUUCAAGGACCAUUUCUUCUUUCAUUGGUGGCUGUCCGAUGGUGAGUGUUAUGAUUCAGAACAUUAAGUGUACAGGAUUGUUGGACACCGGCUCUCAAGUCACGCUGAUGCAACAGAGUAUGUUUGAGGAGAAGUUCCCUCAGUAUAAGUUGGGCCAAGCCCCUGUUUUGAUUUUAAGAGCUGCAAAUGGCCUAGAAAUCCCCUAUAUUGGAUAUGCUUCGUUUGAUUUUAAUGUUGCUGGAGUUCAAGUUUCAGAGCGGGGUGUUGUCAUUGUAAAAGACGAAUUUUCUACAAACCCUUUAAUAAUUGGUAUGAACGUAAUUUCACAAUGUUGGAGUGCUCUCUUUCAGAAUGAGGUGCAGUCUUCAUCUUUGUUCCAGAGUACCAGAGAACGACAAGCAUGGCAGCAGGUCAUGGCAGUUUGUCAGCGUGUUGCAGCAUGCACUCACGAAGAUGGGUUACUGGGCAAUGUGUGGUUGGCUAACAGACGAGGUGUACGUGUUCCACCAAGGAGUGAAGUUAUGGUCUGGGGACGUGCUCGAAUGGGUCUGCGACAGCGUGAUUACUGUGGACUUGUGGAGCCUGUGUCUGAACAACCUGUGGCUGCUGCACGAACAAUUGCCAUGGUAAGGGGUGGUAGAAUCCCUGUGAGACUCUGUAAUAUACAUCCAUACAGUGUUUUCGUAGGAAAAUAUCAGAAGCUUGGACGGCUAUAUGAAAUCAAUAGCUCUGAUAUUCAUGGCUGCAGGGACCUUGGAUUAACCUUGAAUACUGAAGGCAUUGUGGAGGUGAGGCUUACUGAAGCUAGCCUCCUCGUAGAAGAUGCAGUUUCCCCUGAUAUACUUUUGAGAAAAUGGUCUAAAGUUUUCUCUGAGAGUGAGUUGGAUGUGGGGUACACAGAAGUGGUACAGCAUAGGAUCCACACUGGAAAUGUGCCUCCCAUUUGGGAGAGGUUUCGACCAUUGCCUCCUAUGAUGUAUCAAGAAAUGAAAGCCUUGCUGGCUGACAUGUUGAAUAAGGGAGUCAUUUCUGAGAGUGCUAGUCCAUGGGCAGCCCCAGUGGUGAUGGUGAAGAAAAAGGAUGGGAGUUGGUGAUUCUGUGUGGACUAUAGGAAAUUGAACGCCGUCACCCACAAAUAUGCUUUUCCUCUUCCCAGAAUUGAGGAGACUCUGACCACUUUGAAGAAGGCUGAGUGGUUCAGUACUCUGGACCUAGCAAGUGGGUAUUGGCAGGUGCGUUUAGACCCAGAAGAUCGUCCUAAGACUGCCUUCGCCAACCCUUUGGUGCUAUACGAAUUUCGGCGUAUGCCUUUUGGUCUGUGCAAUGGACCUGCCACA